CAGGUGUCUUAGGUAUUUUUAGCUAUAUGGCCCUUAUGGUCAUAUAUAUUGGCACUCCGCCAUCCAUAGUUUGGGAAUAAAGCAAGCUUUCUUCCUUUCCUCUUUCUUCUUUUUGGUUGCAGUUGUACUGCAAUAAUAACUUUGUUUGGAGAGCGUAUGGAAGUCUGUGGCUUGACCAGGCCGCCGAGGGGAAAUUAGGCAGCCUCAGUUCUGAUGCGGUGAAAGCUCUUUCACAGCUGUGUUUUGGUCUCAACCAUCGAGUCCAGGAUCUCCAAAUCAAAGGGGCAGCGCAGUAUGGAAAGUGUCUGCGAGUGUUAGCGGGGGACCUCGGUAAGGAUGGUGCCUUGGCCCGUGAUAACCAGACGCUCAUAGUACCAAUCCUCUUGCUGUUGAUGGUCUCGUCAGUUCAAGGAGACAGGAUAGCAGCCAUUUUCCAUCUCAAAGCGAUUGGCAACAUAUUAACACUAUGUGGUCCUGAGGCCUUCCAACGCCAACCCCUGAGGAAUGCCUUUGAGGCAGCUAGGGCUACACUGUUACUCGCCUCGUUAUUUUCCAGAAAACGGACCUUUCUAGAGGAUCGACGUUGGCAAAAUGCACCCUAUGCACUCGACCCAUCCGCCACACCUCAGCAAUCACACCUCCUUAAUAUUCUCGUUACCAUACCGGGUUUCCUACAAGAUAUUGCCCGCAUUGACGAACCGACUCAAGAUUUCGAUGAUCGGCUUGUCGAUUCCGCAGUCCCACAUGAAAAGUCAGUUUAUCAAGCAGAUCUCUGUACACGGAUCGCCGCGCAGCUCGAGAAGCUUUAUCGUUGGCGCUGGAACUGGCAAUGUCGAUUUGGCCAAUACGUCGCUAUCGCCAACCCCAAACGGCAACCGGAAAGUCCCAACUCUGAUUUUACUAACACGCCCUCGGGAUUUAGCCGCUUGCAGUUCGACCGCGCUACAUAUGCUGAUGAUAUCGCACUAUACAAUGCCAUAUUAAUAUGGUUGCUGGCGCUGGUGUGGAAGCUUCAACCAUUCGAAGCAACUUCCAUCAUAAACGAAUGCGCGCAACGUGCCACGGCUCUAUCGGCCUCGUCGCUCAGCUCAUUGAUAUCAUCACCAUCACCUGCUAUGGCUUUUGAGCCUCUCUGUCAUCCCGGCGCUGUCCAUUCUAUCCGAGCCCCGGCCAUCGAGAUAUGCCGCGUCUUUGAGUGGAAGUGCCGCCACUACGAGCAGCACGAUGCCUCCGGCAACCAGACCUGUUUAUAUCUAUUCCCACUAGGCAUGGCUCGGAGCGCGCUGGAUGCCGAUCCAGACUGGCAUAGCUGGAUAGACAGCCUGCUAGACUCCAACCCCAACACGGCGAGUUAUGGCAGGAAUCGUGGAAGUGUUGCUGGCUUCAGCUCCUACGUCACGAGACACGCCCUCUAUCCAGAUACCCUAAGGGUUCCUGGUAAGAUGUACCAGGCCGGAGAUUCUUGCUAAUCUUGUCAGCCUACGCGACUUUCACCUCACAAUGAAAACACGAGAAUAUGAGAAUAUGAGAACAUGACACUAUGACACCAUGCCACAUAGAGAGAUGCCGCAACUUAGGUAUAGAAAGUAAAAGGUAUAUUGUAGAUGGGGAUAUAGGAUAUAUACACAGCAGCCAACAUGGACAAACACAACAUCGUCAUUAAAUCCCCCAUGCUCAUAUGCAUUCAUUCAUACGAACCGAACCCCCUUCCCAUUACUCCCGUCCGUCUACUCACCCGUCCACUCAUUCAUCCAUUCAUGCAAGCAAGCAAGCCUCAUCAAGAACCAUACCCAGAACGCCGCGCCAACGUCGCUUGCAAAAGCUCAACCAGUCUCAGAACCAGUUUCCUCAACAAAACCGGAUCUACUACUUAUUGCGGAUGCUGAUACGGCGGCUGGUAAGGCUGGCCCGGCGCCGGCGUAGCUUGCGGGCUAUACGCGUAUCCGGCGUCCUGGGGCGCAGCAUACGGCUGGUGUCCGGGCGCCGGCGUGCCCUGCGGGCUGUACGGUUGCUGCUGGCUCGGGUACGCGCCAGUAUACGCCGUGUUCUGCUGCUGCUGCUGCUGCUG